AUGGAGAGACCCAAGACACCUCCCCGAAUCGGCAACGCAGACCGAUCCGGCGGCGUCCUCGCAACCUCAAUACUGGCCCUGACUAUCGUCGUACUGAUGAUAACCCUCCGCUUCAUCACUCGAAUCUGGAUCGUCAAGAAAGUCGGCUGGGACGAUUGGUGCAUCAUGUUUGCCGGCUUCGGCCAUAUGGUCGGCAUGGGGCUCAUUACCAAGGGCAUCGGCUAUGGUUUUGGUCGACCUGCUUACUACCUGACCGACCAUCAAUUUCAGGAGUUCAUGAAGUAUGCUUAUGGAGAGUGGCUGCAGGUCAGUCAGCCUGUCAUUGGCGUGGCUAUCUUGUUCGUAGACAUCAACCGACUGACUGGGCUGUCGUGGGCGAACAGACUUUCGCGACAUUAA